UUAAUGCUUUGAAUGCAUUGCCUCCCCUUUUCUCUCUCCUCAAUACUUUUGGACUCUUGUCCAUUUUAUCAUUACUUCUUCUAACACCCAUUUUGUCUGCUUUAAUUUUUGCUUCGUUGGAGCAUUUAAUCACUCACAAAAAGCUUCAAUUUUUACUUUUUAAACACCCAUUUUUAGUAUUUAUGUACCCAUUUAAAAAAUUUAUACCCAUUUAAAUUUUUUUAUUUUUUUAACUGAAAAUUAGUCAUGAAUUCAAAAUUUUGAAAUUUUCUAAGAAAUUUUAGUGAUACCCAAUAUUGGUAUAAUUAUACCCUUUACAAAAAUUAAGGAAGAGCCAUGAAUCAGCUUGAUUUUUUCAAGAAAUUUAAUAGGUUAAACCCACUAGAACUUUCAUUAACAAUUCUGGGGUUUUUGGUGUUAACUUUGUGUUUAUUUUGUUCAAUGUUUUAUUUUGAUAAUAGUAUUGGAAAUGGUGGAAAUGGGAUUAGAUCACGUGCUGCAGUCACGUGGUGGUAUGGGUAUAAUCUCAGUAGUAAUGGGGAUUUUGGAUUUGUUGAGAAAAGUAGAGAAAAAGAUUGUGAUUAUUUUGAUGGAAAAUGGGUUUGGGAUGAGAGUUAUCCUCUUUAUAAUUCCACAGAUUGUUUGUUUGUUGAUGGAGGUUUCAAGUGUUCUGAAAAUGGCAGACCUGAUAAUUUCUAUACUAAAUGGAGAUGGCAACCCAACAAAUGCAAUAUGCCCAGAUUUGAUGCAAAAUUGAUGUUAGAAAAACUUAGGAACAAGAGGCUUGCAUUUGUUGGUGACUCGAUCGGAAGAAAUCAAUGGGAAUCCCUCAUGUGUAUGCUCUCUUCUGUAGUAUCUAAUAAGUCUUCAAUCUAUGAAGUACAUGGAAACCCAAUAACGAAGCACAUGGGAGCUUUGGUGUUUAUGUUUCGGGAUUAUAAUUGCACUAUUGAGUACUAUAGAGCUCCAUUCUUAGUGGUGCAAGGCAGGCCUCCAGCUGGUUCUCCACCUAAUGUGAGGUACACUCUGAAAGUGGAUAAGCUGGACUGGAGCUCCGGCAAAUGGAAAGAUGCUGAUGUGUUGAUUUUAAACGCUGGACAUUGGUGGACUUAUGACAAAACAAUUAGGAGCGGUUGUUACUUCGAAGAAGUAAAUACUGUAAAGAUGAAUAUGACUGUUGAAACUGCUUUUAGACGGUCAGUGGACACUCUUUUUGGAUGGAUAGAUAGUGAAGUAGACAUUAACAAGACAAGCGUUUUCUUUCGAUCCUAUGCUCCUGUGCACUUCAGUGGCGGCGACUGGAAAACUGGUGGUACUUGUCAUUUGGAAACAAUGCCCGACUUGACAGCUCCUUACAAGCCUCAAUAUUGGGGCCAUUAUAAUAUUUUGAAUGAUGCACUGUCAGAUUAUACAAACAGAUCUCAUGCGACUAAAGUAAACUUGUUGAAUGUGACUUAUAUGACGUUACAGAGAAGAGAUGGCCAUUCAUCACUUUACUAUCUGGGGCCAAAACCAGCUCCCAUUCAUCGGCAAGAUUGUAGUCAUUGGUGCUUGCCCGGUGUUCCUGAUACAUGGAAUGAACUUCUGUAUGCAGUAUUUCUCAAGCAGCAAUUACUUCGCUCAAAGAAUUCUACAGUAGAAGCUGAGGCUUCGUAGGUGAAAGCCUUCCUGAUUUAAGCAUUUUUGAGGAAUUAAUGUUCAGACUUCAGACUCUUGAUAUCUUAACUUGAAAUACACACAAUAUUUUGUAAAGAAGUCUUCCCUACUUCAUACUAACUGGAAUGCUGUUGCAUAUGCGGUCGAGUGAUGCAUCUCUUAUCAUCUCUGCUUUGGCUGCUUGAUACUUCUUCAGCUGGAGGUUUACUUUGUUUUGGGGUCUGUCGGAAACUUGCUGGUGUUGUCGAGUGAUUUGUUUAGGUGGUUUGUAAAUUUAUACAGUUUGGGAUGACCAUCAAAAGCCAUUCCUUUGCUGAUCAAGAGUUCACGACUCAGUUACAUCUGCGAUAUGCCUGUGCGUGUAGAUGGGGUUGACAAGUUCUAUACUUCAUGUGAAAACCAGAAUAGAAAAUUAUUAUGCAUUUAUGCGUAACAGAAGCAAAGAAAUGCUGGAGUGGGCAUCAAAUGUAGCAUGGAGUUUAGAAGGAAAGUACAUAAGAAGUCAUAAUACAGGUAGCUUGUAAUUCUUUUCACAGCAUAUUGAAUUGUAAUAAUUUUAUUUUUUUUUCUAUUGAUGGAAAGCAUAUUGAAUUACCUUGAAUUUGCUGUAUUCUAAAAUACAUGAAAAGCAGUUGAUAGUGGUCUAUUGAAAUUUUUGAGAUGUGUGAACAACACGGCUGAAUCUGUUGAUGUACCAAUUUUUUUUUUCACUCUUCUAAGCUGAAUGUUGUCCUCUGGUUGAUAAGU